UGCUGUCUGCCUCUGACACCUCAACCCUCGCUACGAAACGACAAAUCUGGCAUCCACCAAGCGAGACCAGACCGCCUGUAGCUUGGUCAUGCAAGCUGUGACCUACAGUUAAUACCACUGCAUACAUACUUAUAGUGCGGUGGUGCAUUGGUGUCCAUUGGUCAGACAGAAUCUAACCCAAUAGUUCCCGAGGACCCAUAAGGCAGCACGAGUCCUAUCCAAUCAGGCAUGCUAUGAUAUAUGGUCACCGAGAGCGACCCAGCAGAGCUUCUUAUCCGGUAUCAUACUCUCCUAUCUGCCGUAGCCUUGUGUGAGGCCAGGCCUGCCGCCUCGACCAGAUUGCAUCUUGUCGGAAUCAUCGCACUACCUAGUCGGCUUCUGCGCUUUGACAUAAGUGGCAAGAAGAAGCUGAAGAGAGUCUCAGCUUCCACACCGCCAUUACCAUACGAGACCGUGAAAUAGAUAAUAUCAUUCAUCUGUGGCCUUGCUGCUUGUCAGGACAGGACAGCAAACCCUAUUGUCUUAAUGAAGAAUUGUGUUUGAGAUCACAAAACGUUCGCGAGAAACCAGUUCGCUAGCCGUCUACUACCCCUAUCUCAUGGGACUAGAACAGUAAAAUGUCAGUAGUAAUGAAGGAUCGCUCUAAAAGCACAGCACAUGAGCAGAGACCUUUUCUAAGAACUGAUCACGAAACUAUGGCAAACGCUACUACGAUGAAACAUGCUUUCAUUGGCUCACAGUUAACACGCAUGAAGUCUGUUCCCCAAACAAUCGGCCAUCGAGGGUUUAAGGCCGCUGCUCCGGAAAAUAGUAUGGCGGCUUUCAAAGCCGCUACCCAGGCAGGUGCUGAAGCAAUAGAGACAGAUCUUCAUCUCACUCGUGACGGCGUAGUUGUACUAUGUCAUGAUGAAACACUCCAGCGCUGCUACGGCAACAAGUCUAGAGUUCGUGAUCUCGACUGGGCCGAGAUUAGUAAACUACGAACACUUCGUGAGCCUUGCCAGCCAAUGCCGCGGCUCAUUGACCUGUUGGAAUACCUGAACCAGCCCGGACUGGAGCGAAUUUGGCUGAUGCUUGAUAUCAAGACACAUGACGACGCCGAAGAAAUUAUGAAAAGAACAGCGGAGGCACUUGCCUCAGUGCCUAGCCAACGGCCUUGGAAUACUAGAGUUACACCAUGCUGCUGGAACGCAAUUUAUAUCAAGCUUUGCAUGACGUAUCUGCCUGGCUAUCCCAUUACCCAUGUUGGAUUUUCCACCACAUACGCGCGCUGUCUAAAAGAUAUCCCUAAUAUAUCUUUCAGUAUGUUACGGCACACCCUAGCGUCGCCAUGUGGUAGGCGUUUCAUACGAGACAUGAGAAAAUUAGAUAUUCCUGUUUACGUCUGGACCGUAAAUGAAGAGAUUUGGAUGGAGUGGAGUGUUCAAAGAGGACUUUCAGGUGUUAUCACUGACGAGGUCUCAUUGUUUCGUGAAGUGUGUGGCCGGAUGAGCAGCGUUGAAGUACAAGCACCAAUCACUAGCAAGCGCCAGAAGAAGGCCGCCACAAUACUAUACGAAACAAUACGAUUUUGUGGAGAGAUGGCUUUGCUUCAUUUCCUCAUCGCCAUUUUUUUGGCUCGAGAGUGGCUGAAGCAUGGACCCCCCAGUCGUCACAUCAGCAAAGUGUUGGAUGGAUAACUGUGCGCUCUCCAGAAGGAUUUCAGUCAAGAGAAGACCAAUUAACUGUUGAAACAAAACUACAUACAAAAGCCGUUUGAUGUAUCAGUACGCAAGAAAAGAACAGUUUCCUGUGAGCA